AUGUCUCCCUCUCAAAACGAUAUCGCUAAAAGUUUCCGCACCCUCCACAAUCCCCAGGAUCCUCUCAUCCUCACAAACGUCUGGGACGCUAGCACCACCUCAGUCAUUGCGUCGCUCCCCACAACCCGCGCCAUCGCCACAGCCUCCUUCGCCAUCGCCGCCUCUAUCGGCGUCAAAGAUGAGGAUCUUACAAAAGCCCAGAACCUGGCCGCCCUGAAGAUAAUCAUAUCCGCCGCCCACCGUGUUAACCCCGCCCUGCCCAUCACAGCUGAUCUGCAAGACGGCUGGGACAAUGACCUCUCCAGCUUGGCGGCGACAGUGAAGGAGGCUAUUGCACUAGGUGCGGUGGGUUGUAACCUGGAAGAUAUGAACAAUGCGGCCGGUACAUUGCGGCCGCUAGACGAGGCUGUUGCGCGAGUGAGGACUGUUGUUGAGGCAGCGAAGGAGGCCGGGGUUCCUGAUUUUGCGCUCAAUGCUCGGACGGAUGUGUUAUCCCAGGAAGGAAAGACUUUGGAUGAUGCUAUUGUCCGGGGCAAGGCGUUUUUGGAAGCUGGGGCUUGUACGGUGUUUAUUUGGGGUGGGCCUAAGGGACGGGGUGUGUCAAGUGAAGAGGUGAAGGUUCUGGUGAAAGAGCUGCAGGGGAGAGUGAAUGUGAUGAUGUUGUUAGCAGAAGGGUUUUUGGGGCCAAAGGAGAUUCGGCAGUUGGGAGUGGCAAGAGUGAGCAUUGGACCGGGGUUGUGGAUGGCUGCGAUGAAAACAGUCAAGGAGCAGGCCGAGUUGUUGGUGUGA